GUCAUGUAAUCAUAUAGGUUAAGUUUACUUUUGCUGUGAACAAGUUAAUAUCACGGACUUAUCAUAUAUUUGCUUGAAUACUUAUUUCAAUUGAAAUGUUUUCCGUAUUUAAAGGAAAAGAACAGGUAAAUCGGGGCGGGGAAGUACCUGGGCGCAGACCGCAAACACUGGAAGGAAAAGAAAAGGCAAAUCGGGGCGGCGGGGAAGUACCUGGGCGCAGACCGCAAACACUGGAAGGAAAAGAAAAGGCAAAUCGGGGCGGCGGGGAAGUACCUGGGCGCAGACCGCAAGCACUAGAAGUGGCGUCCAACAGUGGUACUUCAGUUGACUUUCCUUAUGGCUGCGGCAAUGAUAUACGCUUGGUGCUUGUCGGUAAAACGGGAGAUGGAAAAAGUGCAACAGGCAACUCUAUUUUGGGACUGCAAAAGGGACAUGAUAAUUGUUUCGUGGAGAGACUGAGUUCCAAGUCAGUAACAAGACAUGUUGAACGAAAGACAGGGAUACGUUUUGGAAGACGAAUAGAAGUUAUUGAUUGUCCCGGCUUUUGUGACACGCAAUUUACACACGAUCAAAUCUUCGAUGAAAUCAUUAAAGUCAUAGGUCUUUCCUUGCCUGGAAUCACAGCAAUAGGUUGUGUGAUGCGGCCCGAUCAUUUUACUCCUGACAAAGUUAAAUUAGUUGAACAUUUCUUAAAAAUAUUUGGAGACAAUGUUGAAAAAUUCGCUUUUAUCAUUUUAACACACAGUGAUAACGACAAGUCCGCUGCAGAAUACCUUCGGGAUAGCCAUAAAGAAUUUGAAAAAUAUAUUUGCAAAGGGGACAUUGUGUGUAUUGACAAUGCGAGACAAGAUGUACAGAAGGAUCUCCAAGUACGUCGUAUCAUUGAUGAGUUAGAUAAAAUUGAACAGAAAAAUGGAAACACUUAUUGUAAAAACAAACUGUUUAAAGACGUAACUCGUUUUGCUUUGGAAAGCAUCCCGGUCCAAAAUCCUGAGAGUACUGAUGAACAAAGGCUGGAAAUAUUUAAAGAAAACAUCUCACCUGGUGUUGGUACGCACUUUUUGGCUCUUCGGAAACAUGUCAAAAAUAAUCAAAUUGCAUUCACUUCUGCAUUCGCACCUGCUUUUGCAGUUGGCAUGUCAUUUAAAAGAUGCACCAUUUUGUAAACGACAUUAAUAACUUCUCAAAUAUUGACAAGGUGAAAUGUGCAGCCAAAGAAGGACAUUUUUACACAUAAAACUUUAAUAAAAGCAUAAUUAGCUACAGUGAAUUUCAUUGAUGAUUUUUUACACAAAAAAAAUGAUUAUAA